AUGGUUGCAUAUUAUGAUGAUUCAGAUGGUGUUGAGCAGCCCAAAACGUUAACAUAUUGGGUGCGAAAUUUUCGCAUGAAGCGCUUGCAAAUGCGUCGCAAGCUGCGGGGCGCUGGAAGCCUGCGCGUUAACGCCAUUUUGUCAACGGCGCUUUUCCACGCUGAGCAUGAACUGCGCAGGAAACAGCAAGAACGAUUCAGUCGUUGGCUCGACGUCCAAACGAAAUUAAUUCCACACGGCAAUACGCACGAAAGCAACUUCGACGAAAAAUUUCAUCAUGCCUGUGACGUCAAUGUGGAGAAAGAGACGGCCGAAUUCGAACGACGCAAUAUUGAAAAUAGUUUGUGGAGAAGCGAGCUAAGUGGCCUCGACAGAUUUUUGAACAGUUUAAGCAGCAGCAGCAGUAAAAACAACAAUAACAUAAGCAAGUGCGCCAUUGCUGUGAGCAGUUAGUUAAAAAGAGACAAACCUAUAGCACUUGGGUAUUGGAGAAGUGUGUUUAAGCUAAAAAUGUCAUGAACAACUUGUUUUUCAUUUCUUUGAUUUGAAUCUUUGUUAAAUUAGUUUUAUUACGAAAGAAAUUUCUCAUUUGCAGUCGCAAAACGUGUGCAAACCUGUUAUACAUACAUAGAUUGUAAAGAAAAAUGUGAAGGCUGUGAAGAGUGUGAUAUGAAGAGGA